AGGAUCGCCGAGGUGCAGACAGCCUGUCAGCUCUUGGGUGCCCUGACUACAGUUCCUUGGAAUAGUGGCAACAUCAAGAAUAAGAAUCACAGAAUGACCCAAUGGCCUCACAGAACUGAAUUGUAUGAGGAUCCUCCAUCAGCAUGCUGGCCUAUCGUAUAUUCUCCAGACUACAACAUCACGUUCAUGGGACUUGAGAAACUGCAUCCAUUCGAUGCAGGGAAAUGGGGAAAAGUAAUCAAUUUUUUGAAAGAAGAAAAACUAAUUGCAGAUGACUUGAUUGUACAGGCACGGGAGGCUACUGAUGAAGAUCUCUUGGUUGCUCACACAAGGCGCUACCUUAAUAAAUUAAAGUGGUCAUUUGUUGUGGCUACAAUCACAGAAAUUCCACCAGUUGCCUUUCUUCCCAAUUUCGUGGUUCAAAGAAAAGUUUUGAAACCUCUGCGAACGCAGACAGGAGGAACAAUAAUGUCAAAGAAUAGUGAGGCAGGAAAACUUGCUGUUGAUAGAGGCUGGGCGAUCAAUGUGGGGGGUGGUUUUCAUCACUGUUCAAGUGACAAAGGUGGAGGAUUUUGUGCAUAUGCUGAUAUCACGCUGGCUAUAAAGUUCUUAUUUGAAAGAGUACAAGGGGUGUCUAAAGCCACAAUUAUUGAUCUGGAUGCUCAUCAGGGAAAUGGCCAUGAGCGGGACUUUAUGGAUGAUCAUCGGGUAUAUAUUAUGGAUGCGUACAAUAGAUAUAUUUAUCCAGGGGAUGGAUUUGCUAAACGUGCCAUAAAACGCAAAGUGGAAUUAGAGUGGGGUACAGAGGACACAGAAUAUCUUCAGAAGGUACAUACUCACGUGGAAGGAGCAUUAAAUGAAUUAAAACCCGACAUCAUUGUUUAUAAUGCUGGGACUGAUAUUCUGGAUGGUGAUCCAUUGGGAGGACUUGCUAUUUCGCCUCAGGGAAUUGUGAAGAGAGAUGAAGUUGUGUUCAAGGCUGCCAGAAGCCGCAGAAUCCCAAUCCUGAUGGUAACAUCUGGAGGUUACCAGAAGAGGACAGCGCGGAUUAUUGCAGAUUCCAUCCUCAAUUUGCAUAACCUGGGGCUUAUUGACAAGGAUCUGGCAACCAGUGGAGCUGGAAAUCCCAAGGUAGAACAGAUGAUUAGAGACUCUGCUAAAGACUUAACCAACUUGUCACUGCAGUGAUAACUUAACUAAAUUUUAGGAAGCAACUUCCUGAUUUAGGAGCAGGAAGUCUCCACAUCAUUGUCAGGGUUAAUAUAACAUAUUUAAAAAGGACUCAACUUGCUUGUAAAAUAACAGUAGAGAGAAUAUGCAGUCACAGAAUAAUUGUGUCUAAUUUCUGAAGCUAUCUUGAGCAAAGGCAACAAGUCCUUUUAAGCUAUUUGAGAUAUAUACUCAAGGGUACUGUCAGUUUAUAAUAUUACUGUAGAAAACUUUAAUUGCUUUUCUUAUUGUUAUGGCUAGUCUAUUAUAUUGAAAGAACUAUGUAGUUGGUAUCCAAAUACUGUCCCAGACCUAUUUCAGAUGAUGCAGUUCAGACUGUGGUGGGAGAAAGGACUAAACUUCUGGCAUUUUUUUUAGAUACUACAUUUUAUUUAUUGCUUUUUUUUUAAAUUGAAAUAUUGUUAUAAAAUGAGUUCUGUGUGGACUUUAACUGUUAGUUUAAUACUAAAGUUAAGUGCAAUACUAUAAAAAAAGAGUUCAGUUAGUAGGCUUUUUAAGCCAUAGCCUAUUAGAAGGAAAGUUCAUUAAUUUAUAUUCUAUUCCUGUUGUUGAUAGUGACUUAAAUCCUACUUAUAAACACCUUGAGAAAUAAAAUAUGAACUGCCUUUGGCUCUGUAUGUAAAUGAGCCAUAAGGGCUCAGCAUUAACAGUCUAGUUUUUGCCUCUCUUAAAAUGAGGCCUGCAUAUAAAAGGCAAUAGUUACUAUGCAUCGUAAAUCACAGAGUAAAGAAACUACAAUAAAACGAAAACUAAUUUUAGAGUUCUGAAAAUUCCUGCAGAAAACAUUAUAUAGAACUAUAGGGUAUUUUUUAUUAUUGCCAGCUUGUCAUGUAUAAAACAGUGAAGAGUAAAUUUUGAUCUUUUUUUCUCCAACGAAUGCUUUGUUUUUUUCACUUGCUUGAAGAGUAACGGUACUCAUAGUUGCAGUCAUAGUUUGUGACCAAAUUGUUAGUAUUUACAGAUAAAAAUACAGUGAAAUUUCUACAUUAAAUUGAUGUGCUAACUUUAUAUGGGAGCUUCUAGGAGGACUUGGGAACAAAACAGUGUAUUCAAAAGCAAAUUCAGUACACUAACUGUAAAGUUUGAGUUUAUUUAAGCUGGUAUAUUUUGCAUUAGGUACUGUUUGGAGCAUUGGGUUGUAAACGUACUAAACUGUAUAUUUUGCAAGAGUUUUUUAAAUUCCAAUUGUUCACUGAUUUGUAGUACAAGUUUCAUGUCAUAUUUAGGUUUGAGCCUUUCUAUGAAGGAACAUCAUUAUUUUCCUUGCAGUAGAAUUGGUGUGUAAGCUAUUUAAGGAAUGUUUAAUUCUAAUUAGAAUACUUACCUCACUUAGUGUUAAUUUUUAGAUUGGGCUUUGUUAAUUGUAAGAACUUGCAUAAUUGCUAUAAAUAUCUGCUUUAAAACAGAUUUGACAUAUUGCACUAAUCUUGAGUUGUAACACUGUUAUUAAAAAGCACUUUUAAAUUUCUUACUAGAACCAUCAGAGUACAACUAAUGUUGAGAUUUAUUUUUUCUAUACUGUCUGAUGUUACUGAAAGAUGUUGUUAUUCUUUCAUAUAAUUUUUAUAAAAUUAUAAUUACAUUUCUAUAAACUAAAAUCCUGUCAUAGUACCAUAUGGUCUUUUCCAGGACAUUUUCUGUUUGUGUUAACAUGUUUAUAUUAUUUUUCUUUGGUUGAGAUUAAAAGGAUGUUGAACAGUGCUGA